AUGCCCCGUUCCUUCCUGGUGAAGAAGAAGCAGGGGUUGUGUGGAGGAUGGAGAUGGAAAGAUCCAGAAAAGGUAGAGAGUGCCGAGGACCUCCAAACAGAAACUGCGCCAGCUCCAGAGCCCAGCCCUGAACCUCCUGCCCCUCCUAUCCACCCUGAACCUGCUGUACUGCCCCCUGCCCCAGAUCCAGAGAUGCAAGCAGGCCGGACCUGGCACUCCAUGCUAACCGCCCACCGACCCCACCUCAGUCAGGGCCAGUACCCCCCAGACACAGCACUCUGUCCACCUCCUAGGAUAAAGCCACGCCCCCCUCCUGGGGCAGGGGACUUCCAGUGCUCCGUGUGCCACAAAGUGUUCCCCCUGCAGCGCAUGCUAACACGACACCUCAAGUGCCACAGCCUGGUGAAGAGGCACCUCUGCAGGUUCUGCGGCAAGGGCUUCAACGACACGUUUGACCUCAAGAGGCACAUGCGCACUCACACCGGUAUCCGGCCGUACAGGUGCGAGCUGUGCGAGAAGGCUUUCACCCAGCGCUGCUCCCUGGAGUCGCACCUGCGCAAGAUCCACGGCGUGCGGCAGCAGUACGCCUACCGCCAGCGCCGCUCCAAGAUCUUCGUCUGCGAGGACUGCGGCUUCACCUCCACCCGCCCCGAGGAGUACUUCCUGCACGUGCGCCAGUGUCACCCUGGCAGCCCCGCCCUGAGGCGGUACUAUCGCAAACACGCCCAGGAGCAGGCCGCCGCCCACAGCCACAGCCACAGUCAUGUCCAAAACCACACCAAACACAGACUGGGGCCCCUGGUAAUCUAUCCCACGUCAGGAUACUUAAUCUGA